AUGGCUCAUGUGCAAGCUGAGAACGAGGUGAUGAGUGCUGAUGACAGGCUCCAAGCUCAGCUCGAGCUCUACCACCACUCCCUCGCCUUUGUCAAGUCCAUGGCCCUCAGGGCCGCCGCUGACCUGCGCAUCCCUGAGGCCAUCCACCGUCGUGGCGGCACCGCCACCUUGUCUGACAUUGCGUCUGACACCGGGAUUCACGCGACUAAGUUCGCGCACCUCCGGCGGCUCAUGCGCGUGCUAACCAUCACCGGCAUAUUCUCCAGCAGCAGCGAUGCCGUGUUCAAGCUAACCCCGGUGUCACGCCUCCUUGCCGAAGGCGGCCAAAGCUCGUGCAACCUGUCUCCGGUGGUUGUGGGUGUCUUUGUCAACCCGGUCGCUGUGACAGCCCUCCUCAGCAUACCCAAGUGGUUCACCGACGAGCGGGCAGCAGCGCUGUCGCUCUUCGAGGUGGCCCACGGCUGCACACGCUGGGAGAUGGCAGCAAAGGAGAAGGGCGACAGCAGCUUGUUGGAUGCCGGAAUGGUCGCGGAUAGCACCAUCAUCAUGGAGGUCCUUCUGAGGGACAGUCACAGCAUCUUCGAGGGGGUGAGCUCGCUGGUCGAUGUUGGCGGCGGACAUGGCGCGGUGGCUGCGGCCGUCGCGAGGGCGUUCCCGGAAGUCAACUGCACAGUUUUGGACCUCCCACACGUUGUAGCCGGGGCACCCGCCAAUGAAAGCAUCCAGUUUGUCGCUGGUGAUAUGUUCGAACACAUUCCAUCAGCAGACGUCGUUCUACUCAAGUGGAUUCUGCAUUGUUGGCAAGAUGAGCACUGCAUCAACAUACUGCGACGGUGCAAGGAAGCCAUCCCGUCAAGGGAUGCAGGCGGGAAGGUGAUAAUCAUCGAUAUGGUCGUCGGCUAUGCUGGUGCUGCGUCAGCGGAAAAUGUUUCAAUGGAGACGCAGGUUCUGUCAGAUGUUUACAAGAUGUACAUGGACGGGGUUGAGCGAGAGGAGGAUGAGUGGGCCAAGAUCUUCUCUGAAGCUGGGUUCAGUGACUAUAAGAUCUCGCCCGUGUUGGGGUUUCGAUCCAUCAUCGAGGUCUACCCUUGA